UGAUUUUUCUUUUUGCAGGGGAUUUAGAAUCUCUAAUUAAUUUAACGUCUUGAAAGGCGUUCAGCGCAAAUGCUGGGGAAGGGCAGUGGGGCAGAGCAGGGGCUGCAGUGGGAGCCGCGGCGUGGGCCCGUCCUGCCCUCGACCGACGGUUCCUCCCGACGGCAGGGUGCGGGGGGUUUGGUGGGAUUUCUGGAGCCUCCCUGGGGGCGGGUGCAGCCCUUCUUCCCCAUCCCCUCCCCGGCGGCUCUAACCCCCCCUUGCCCUCCCUCUGCCUCCCUUCCCACCCUCUUCUCCAGCUGCGCCCGCAGAUGGGGUUCCCCGCCAGCCCCAGGGGCCUCCUGAGUUAUUUCCUGACUCUCCACUUGCUCCGCCUGGGAUCAGCUGAGUUCAGAGUGGUGGGACCAGACCGACCUCUCCUUGCCACCGUGGGGCAGGACGUCGUGCUGCCGUGUCACUUGUCCCCACGCGCGGACGCUCGGAGCUGGGAGAUCUGGUGGAUCCGGCACCAGUUCUCGGAAACGGUGCAUCUCUACCGAAAGGGAGAGGACCUGGAUUGGGCACAGAUGAGGGAAUACGCUGGAAGGACAGAGUUGGUCAGAGAUGGUCUCUCCGGUGGGACCCUGGACUUGCGACUCGCUGGGGUGAGACCCUCUGAUGAUGGCCAGUACGUCUGCACUGUGAGAGAUGCUGCCUCUUAUGGAGAAGCUACAGUGGAGCUGGAGGUGGCAGCCAUGGGCUCCGUCCCUCUCCUCUCUCUGGAGGCUCACCAGGACGGAGGCAUCCGGGUGGUGUGUGGAUCGGCCGGCUGGUACCCACAACCGCAGGUGCUGUGGAAGGCUGCCAACGGGCAGCGUCUGCCCUCGGUCUCCCGGAGACGUUCCUCUGACGAGAGGGGCCUGUUUGAGAUCCAAGAUGUCGUUGUGGUGAGCGGGAAGGGCGAUGGGAACUUGUCGUGCGUGGUGAGGAACAGCCGCCUGGAGCAGGAGCAGGCGUCGUCCCUGCACAUCUCAGCUCCCUUUUUCCACAACGCCCGUCACUGGAUGGCAGCUCUGGGUGUCUUCCUCAUGCUUUCAGUGGCGUCAUUUGGCGUCAUCGCUUAUCUCUGGCGAAGGAAAGUGGGGCUGUCCAGAGCGCUGGGGAAUCGAGAUGCAGAACUAGAGGAACAAGCUGCACGGUUGGACGUGGUGACCCUGGAUGCGAACACGGCUCAUUCCCAACUCGUCCUGUCGGACGAUCGGAGCCGCGUGAAGUGGCAAAGCGAAGAGCGGGACCUGCCCGACAUCCCGGAGAGAUUUAUGUAUUUGUCCUGCGUUUUAGGCCGGGAGGGGUUCCGGGAGGGGAGACACUGCUGGGAGGUGGAGGUGGAGGGGGAGUCCCCGCUCCCCAGCAGGAUCUGGGUCUGUCUGGACUGCGCCCGGGGGCUGGUGACUUUCCUCCAUGCCGACACCGGCGUCGAGAUCUUCACGUUCCCACCAGCCUCGUUCAAAGGGGAGACCCUGCGCCCCUGCUUUUGGCCCAGCGGGAGCGCGGCCGGGAGAAGGCGCCCAAAAGGGAUAUUCCGCCCCACGGGCAUCCCGUUGAGGAUAGAAACGGGGGGUCGCUGCCGGGGGUGGCGUAGGGGGCCGGGACCCGCCGUCGACGCUGGGGACGGGCCGGGCAACCAGCGCUCGGGUGGGGAGGGCAACUCGGCAUCGGGUCGCUUUAUCCCGUACAUUAUUUUACAAUAA